AUGGAAGGAGGAAACCUUGAGCGAAAAAUAUCUGAGGGAGUUGUAGAAAUGUCCUGGUAUUUUCCCUCCAAUAGAUCUGAUGUUUUUCCAGAACCCUUUACAGUGACCAACCUACGUGGCGACCUGGAGUCCAACUGGGACCAGUUCACAUUUCUGAGUAAAAUCUCAUCAGCUGUGUUUAUAUUCAUGGAGACAAUCAGUGAGCGAGAAUUCCAACUGUUAUCAAAAUGCAGUCAGAGUGACACCACAUUUUAUUUUGUUGUCACUCCAAGCAAAGCUAUAGAGGAAGACACAAAAAGCAUUCUUCUACGUCUAUUGCCAGUAUUAAAUAGUGGGAAGGAGCAUGUUGUCUCCAAAAGCACAUCAGAGAAUGAUUCAAAUUUCAUUAAAAAAAUCCAACAAAAAUUUCAAAAUGUUUUAAAGAAAAGCUCCAAAAAUGUAAUACUAGGAGAUGUUCAAAAAUACUUUGAAACGCAUAAUUUUGUGCUGAAUGAAAAUACACAGGAAUGCCAGAGGGCAAGAGACCUUGCCAGUGAAAUCACUCAAGAAAUCCAUGAUGUAGAACAGUAUAAAAGGCAAACACUGAAAUUACAAGGGGAUCCCUGGAAACAGUUGUCCAAAAUAGAAAAAGAACUUUGCAGAAUGAAAAAUCAAGGAGAGGAGAAUGCAGAAAAAUAUCAGUCUGCUCUCCUAAAUAAUUGCAAUAACCUGCAUUCAGAGCAAUACAACAAUCAAACUCCAAAAGGUAUACAAAUGUUUACAGAUGCUCUUACUGAUUUGUCCCAGAAAGAAAAACAAUAUUUUCUGAAAUGGAUGAAAUUUAGGCUUGAUGCAAUUGCAAGAAACAAUCUGACUGAACUUCAAAGUACAUAUAAGGAGAAACAUACCAACAUUGCAAAUAGAAAAGAACUUCAGGAUCAGAAACUCUCGGAUAGCUCUUUAGGGAUAGAACACUUUCUACGGGAACUGGCUCAGUUCUAUGAAGCUGAAAGUUCUAUGAUAAAACAAAAACAAAUUGAGAGCCAUCUAAAAAAGUUUUCCAAACUUCCAGGAAUAGCAGCCGAUCUUCUGUUGGAUGGGUUUCCCUUGGAGCUUAUUGAUGGAGAUGCCUCCAACAUCCCCCUGCAAUGGAUAACUGAUGUUCUAACUGAUUUGGACAUCAAGACAGGAAACAAAUGCAAAAUUAGAGUGAUAACAGUGCUGGGAGUGCAGAGUACGGGGAAGUCCACCCUUCUCAAUACCAUGUUUGGUCUUCAGUUUCCGGUGGCCAGUGGACGAUGCACACGAGGGGCUUUCAUGACUCUUUUAAAUGUGAAAGAGGACUUCCAGGAAAAGCUGGGCUGUCAUUUUAUUCUGGUGAUUGACACUGAGGGGUUGAAAGCUCCAGAGUUGGCCUCUUUGGAGGACAGCCAUGAACAUGACAAUGAACUGGCCACACUAGUGGUUGGGCUGAGUGAUAUCACCAUAGUCAAUAUGGCCAUGGAAAACACAACAGAAAUGAAGGAUAUUUUACAGAUUGUGGUCCAUGCUUUUCUUAGAAUGAAAGAAAUUGGGAAGAAGCCCAACUGCCAGUUUGUACACCAGAAUGUGAGUGAUGUAUCGGCUCCUGAUAAAAACAUGAGAGACAGGAAGAAACUUCUGGAACAGUUGAAUGAGAUAACAAAGAUGGCUGCCGAUAUGGAGAAAAAAAAAGAGAUUUCAGGUUUCACUGAUGUGAUGAAGUACGAUCUUGAGAAGGACAAUUGGUACAUUCCUGGCCUGUGGCAGGGAGACCCACCAAUGGCUCCAGUAAAUCUUGGCUACAGCUCAAAUGUACAUGAGCUUAAAAUGUAUUUGUUUGAAUGUAUAAAACUACAGGAAUCUGUUAACCAACCACAUAGCAUCUCUGACUUUAUUACUUGGAUAGAAAGUUUAUGGCGAUCUGUGAAACACGAGAAAUUCAUCUUCAGUUUUAGAAACAGCCUGGUGGCCAAAGCCUACAAUAAAUUGUCUGUACAAUACUCCUCGUGGGAAUGGGAUUUCUGUAAAACAAUUCACAAUUGGGUGAUCAGUGAAGAAAAUAACAUUAGUAAUCAGUUUGAAGAAAUAUGUGAAAGUAACACAGAAGAGCUUCAGAGAAUUCUUCUGGAGGAAGAAAACAAAAAUGAUUGCAUCACUAGAAAAAUAUUUUGA